GUGAGCAAGCAGCGUUUAUGUUUGGAUGUGAAUUAUAAAAUGUUGGAAUCCUUCGAUUAUUUGUUACAAUUAAAAUUGCUUUUCGACGAAAUACGCAAGUUGACGCUAAUGUUUGAUGAUUUAUUCGGUUGGUCGGUUUGUGCAUUGUUUACGGUGAUUUUUCUAGAUAUUUGCGUUAAUUCGUAUUGGAUCUUUCUGACUUUAUCAAAUGUAUUCGAAUAUUAUUUCCUCUACUUAACAGCGUCGACUGUGCUCCCGCUGAUCGCUAUUACCACGCUUUUAUGCCAAGCGGGUGAGAACUGCAAGCGGCAGUCACUUAAGACGGGUAUUUUGAUACAACGUUUACUACAUAGUAAGUAUAAAUAUACCAAUGCAAAGGUAUAUAACGACUUGCUAUUCGAAUUCGCAAUGGAAAUACAACAAGAUCCUAUGAAAAUAGCAGUAAAAGAAUUUGUGACUGUGGAUCUGCGGUUGCUGAUGAAGAUAUUUACUGCUAUAGUCACAUAUUUGGUGAUAUUACUACAAUUUCGUUGGACAUACCCUGAAGAUUACGGAGAUGCGGUCUAAUGAAGGAACUGAGAAAACACUAAUACAUAGCUAAGCAUUUGAUUUGAAGCUCUUAAAUA